AUGAACUCAUUCCUCGUUCGCACGCCUAGUGGCUUAGAGUCUACCGUAACUGCCACAACUGAGAGUGCUUCUCAGACUGCUGAUAGUCCAGGCAUACCACCCGCCGAGCCAACCAAUUCAACUUCAAAGCGCAAACGCAUGACUACGGCUGAAGCCACUUGGGAGCAUACUCGACGGCCCCGGGCCACCGAACCCGAGCGCGGCGGGCCAAAACAAGACCUAGUGUUCUAUUGCAAGUACUGCAACAGUCCACCGUACUCCACAUACGUGUCAACCACGUUCCGCAACCAUCUACUGAAGGUGCAUUCAGUUGAGGCCGCAAGCGCGGAACCAAACUCGACUAAGAAGGCGCGCACCAACCUUCUUAAAGGGGCGUUCAACAAAGCUGGGGAGAUUGAGGUUGCGAAGCUUCAGGAAAGAGAGGAGCAUGUGCUUCGAAACGCACUCAACAGAAAAGCCGCGAUGGAAGCUGUGGUCCAGUUGGUUACCGUACGCAAUCUUCCAUAUAACUGCAAUGCCUGGCCAGAAUUGCAUGCUCUACUCAUGGCGGCAAACUACACGGCAGAAGACCUCAUCAAUACUUCUCACGGCCACAUUCAAAAGCUCUGCUCAAACUCCUACGCGAUCCACAAAGACAUCCUUCGAAAGCGGCUUCAAUCCUCACCCAGCAAACUUCAUCUCUCCGCUGACGUAUGGAGCGCACCAAACCAUAAGGGGUUUCUUGGGAUAUGCGCACAAUUUAUGCAGGAGGGCGAAAUGAGUCCCUGUCAAGCACUCCUUGCCUUGCCUGAGCUUCCUGGCAAAGAUGGCCCUGGGAGCAGGGUUGAAAGCAACUCCACUCAAUCCACUGGGUGCUCUAGUGUAGUGGGUAGAUCAUAA